AUGGGUGCAUGCAUGUCCACAGAGAGCGAAGAGAGUCGCAAGAGUGCGCUGAUUGACAAAGAGAUCGACGAACAUUCCAAACGAAACCGGCGAGAAUGCAAGAUCUUGUUGCUGGGAUCCGGCGAGAGUGGUAAAUCGACAAUCGUGAAGCAGAUGAAGAUCAUCCAUCAGAACGGCUAUUCGGUCGACGAACUCGCCAUGUAUCGUCUGACGAUAUACAAGAACCUCGUCGAUUGUGCGAAGACUCUGGUGCAGGCGUUGCGACAGUUCAACAUCGAGCCGGAAGGAACGACGAACAAGGCGCACGCCGAGUCCAUCCUCGAAUUCCAGGUCGACCCGGAUCCGACGCUCCCGCUCGAUCCGAGGAUAGCAGCUGCGGUGGUGGCGUUGUGGAAGGACCCCUGCAUUCCAAAGAUCAUGGAGCAUCAGAACGAGUUCUACCUGAUGGAUUCGGCGCCAUAUUUCUUCGACGAAGCCCCCCGAAUAGGCCACAAAGAUUACAUUCCCACGGAGUCGGAUGUGUUGCGCGCUCGAACCAAGACGACUGGUAUAUACGAAACUCGAUUUUCGAUGGGCCAGUUGAGCAUACACAUGUUCGAUGUGGGCGGACAGCGGAGUGAACGGAAAAAGUGGAUCCACUGCUUCGAAGCAGUAACGUCGAUCAUUUUCUGCGUGGCACUUAGCGAGUACGAUCAGGUCCUACUCGAGGAGAAGAACCAGAACCGGAUGAUGGAAAGUUUAGUGUUGUUCGACUCGGUGGUGAACAGUCGUUGGUUCGUCCGAACGAGUAUCAUCCUCUUCCUCAACAAGGUGGAUCUGUUCAAAGUCAAACUUGCACGAAGUCCGUUGUCCAACUACUUCCCCGAUUACUCGGGUGGAAACGAUGUCAACCGUGCCGCCAAGUACCUUUUGUGGCGAUUCAAUCAAGUCAACCGGGCCCACCUCAACCUGUAUCCUCACCUGACACAAGCCACCGAUACAUCCAACAUCCGAUUGGUGUUCGCGGCGGUCAAGGAGACGAUAUUACAAAACGCCCUAAAAGACUCUGGUAUACUAUAA